UAAACCAUUAAUAAACAUUAUAAGCAGCUGUGGUGGAUACGCCAAAAAAUAUUUUUUAGUAAUUUACAUCCGUUAUUUUGCAGUUACGCCUGAAUUUGAUAGAAUACAAGGCAGUAUUUUCAGAAAUAGCAGUUUAACCUUACGAAUGUCGAUUAUAACUUCGUGAAUAACCGAAUUAUCGAGCACAAUCAACGUAAAAUGAUGUCAUUUAUUCUUUAAUUAAAAAAAAACUAUUUUCGUCCAACAUUAUCUCCAAGAUAAUAUUAAUUUGCGAUAACCUCGAAAGACUAAAUUUUAUGGCAUGUUCAUUUCCUAUAUAAUUUCACAACUAAUCUAAUUAACGAGUUUAAGAGCUGAAAAGGAAAAAUUAUACAUCGCAACAUCAAAAAUAAUAAUUUUAAACACGUUUAUAUUUUAGCUUUUAUAAUGUUUAGUCUUUUCAAAGUAGCCAUAACGAUGAACACGUUGUUUUGUAUUCUUACCGUUUCGAUGACAUAUGCAUCUAUCGAUGCAUUGCAAAUCCUUGCAAUAGAAAAUGUUGCUGGUAAAAGCCAUUGGAAUUUUAUGAGYGCGGUUCUCCGAUCUUUAACGGACGUUGGACAUAAUGUUUCCGUAUUUACUCCAUUCCCCGACGGCAAUCGGGCCAACUAUACAGAAAUCUAUUUGGAUCUACCAUCAAAGGUCGCAAUGGACGUUGAAGUAGCGUUUAGCACAUUUAAGAAUCCAUCUGUGAUGUUAUCAAUACUCAUUAAUAUGACUCGAAACUUUUGCAAUAUUGCUUAUGAACAACGGGAUAUGCGAGAAAUCUUAUACGGUGGAAAAUCAAUUAAUUAUGAUAUCAUUAUUACUGAAGUAUUGGCAUCAGAAUGUGCAUCAUACAUAGGUUCCAAGCUGGGCUUGCCAGUGAUAUACAUAAUUCCCUCGCCAAUGAUCACCAGCAUGGAGUAUUCCGUAUUCGGAGACGUUUCAAAUCCAGCAACAGUAUCCCACUUGAUGGCUCAUCAUGCGAUACCUAAGACAUUUGCUCAACGAUUUUUAAAUUUCGUACUUUUUGGUUUUAGUUUAUUGAUGUUAAAGUAUAAAGAAAUGGAACUGAAAAUAAUUGAUUCACAACCAUAUGAUCUGGUAGAACCUCUGAAACCGUCGUUAGUAUUCAUGAACACACAUUAUAUUACCGAUGCACCAAGACCUAUGCCUGCUAGUGUAAUACAAAUUGGAGGAAUACAUUUGAAAACACCGAGAAGCAUUCCAAAUGUGAGUACCUAAAUUAAUUU